CGGCGGUGCCAUUUCUCCAGCCAGCCCGGUGCCCGCAUCCUGCGCUGGGGCUGGAGGGGAAGUGGGGAGGGCUCCAAGACUGCUCCGAGUGGGGUGGUCGGGAGCAUCAGGGCUGGGUAAACCUCAAGCUGGGCCAGGGUUACGGUCCCGGGUCUCGGAUCCAUGGUCAGAUUUCUACUGUCUCCUUUCCCACAGGCGCCGUGCACGAGUGUACAGAGAGCGAGAGCCAAGGCCCCGGCUGGGUGAGAUCCCUCCUGGGGAGACGUGGCUGCUGCGCUGCAGCCCGUGGCAGCUGCGCGCCUUCCCUUCGCAGCAGGAGCUGGAGGAGCAGGGCCCAGGAGGUCUGCAGCCAGGGGCUGAGGGUGCAGAAGUCCCUCGUGUCGUCCAGACCAGAGCUGGUCCAGCACAGAGAGAUUUGGGGGCAGGACACAAUGCAGGCCAUGCAGCCCCCUUGUGAGGCCAAGCUGCUCUCCACAACCCCACAGCUGGCACUGCAGGAUGAGCUCCCCACCCCAGAGCCCUGGCACGCCAGCUCUUCCACGGCCUUCACUACCGGGAAGCCGAAGGCCCAAGGAAGAUUUGCAGCCGCCUGUGGGAGCUCUGCCGGCGCUGGCUGGAGCCCCAGAGCUGCAGCAAGGAGCAGAUCCUGGAGCUGGUGGUGCUGGAACAGUUGCUGGCCAUCCUGCCCCAGGACAUGCAGAGCUGGGUGCGCAGGUCCCGCGUGGCGACCUGCACUCAGGCUGUGGCCCUGGCCGAGGGGUUUCAGCUGGUACAGGUGGAGGACGAGAAGCUCCAGGUCACAGUGCAUGUGAAGGUCGAGGAGGUGUCCUCAGACAAGAUGCAGCCCACUGGGGCUCUGCUGGAGCCUGGUGAUUCCUGGGUGCAGCAGCCAAAGGCUCGUUGUGAGGACAGGCCUCUGGUGGAGGCAGGAGAGAGAGAAACCCCAGGGCCCGAGGACAAGCUGCCUCAUGUCGCCAAAGAGGAGCCUCCACUUAACCUGGAGCCAGGUGCUGGGACCCUGAGCAGAGCAGAUCAGCAGCCUCCCAAGGAAGGGCCUGUCAACCUGGAGCUGCAGAGACCCUCUGCAGGGAAACGGGGACAGAGCAGCUCCCUGACACCUGGGCCAGGCCAGCUGCAGAAGGGGCAGGGCAGGCCUGCAAAGCAGGGGGAGAGCAUGGAGCUCCGGGAGGUGUUUGAGGACGUGGCAGUGUAUUUCACAUGGGAGGAGUGGGAGCUGCUGGAAGAGGAAGACAAGGAGCUUUACCGGGACCAGAUGCUGAAGAACUACCAAGCCCUUGUUUUCCUAGGAUAUCAAGGUCCCACACCUGACUUACUCUGCCGCAUCCAGUCAGGACAGGUGCAGCUCUGGGUGUGUGACGAUGAGGACUGUGGGGAAAUCUCGAGGUCGGAGGACCUGCUGCCAGGACAUGCCUGGUUGCUGAGCAGAAGUGAGGAGCAGGCUCCUGAGGAAGGGCCUGGAAAGCUGGAGCCAGCCUGGGCUUCCCUGGGGAGUAUGGGUGAGGUGGAUUCCCUGAGCCCAGCGAAGGACCAAUGGCACAAGGAUCAGGGGAUGCCCCAGAAGCAGGAGACUGUAGCAAUGAAUGCAGUCCCAUCUCUAGUUGGGCAUUGGAGUGAAGAAGGGAAAGAAGCCAGAAAAAGCCCAAGGUGCAGGGAAGAAUAUGUCGUGCUGAGACACCUGAAGAGGCAGAAAGCAAAGGUCCACUGCAGAGAGAGACUAGAUGCAAACCAAGUCAGUAUGGGGGGCCUCAAAGGGAAGCAAGAACUCACUACUAAGCCCAGGGGGAGAGCCCACCCCUGCCCUCAGUGCAGGGAAAGUUUUAGCUGCCCCUCACUCCUGACUCUGCACAAGAUAAGGCACUCUGGGGAGAAGCCCCAUGUAUGUGCCAAGUGUGGGAAGAGUUUCACCUGCCUCUCGACCCUGGCUGCUCACCGCCAGAUCCAUUCUGGACAGCUCCCCCACCGCUUCACCAAAAGGGGGAAGAGCUUUGUGCGCAGCUUGGAGCUGUUCAAAACCCAGGAUGUGCACAGGAAGAAGUGUCAGUACCGCUGUGUCACAUGUGGUAAGACCUUCACCCAUUUCUUCUCCCUGGUUCAGCACCGUCGGAUGCACUUGGGAAGGAAGGCACACCGCUGCACCAAGUGCAGGAAGAACUUCAUCAGCUGGCAAGGCCUGUUGUACCACCAGUGUGUGCAGAGGGGGCAGCAGCCACACUGCUGCACGAAGCGUGGGAAGAGCUUCAGGCAGCUCUCCAGCCUGACCAAGCAGAGGUGCAUGCACACAAGGGAGAAGCCAUAUCAGUGCUCUGAGUGUGGGAAGAGCUUCACCUACCACUCCCACCUGGCCAAGCACCAACAUGUCUACACAGGGGAGACGCCAUAUCAGUGCUCUGAGUGUGGGAAGAGUUUCAGCAUCCCCUUCUGCCUGGCCCGGCACCAGCGCAUCCACACAGGAGAGAAGCCACAUCAGUGCUCUGUGUGUGGGAAGAGCUUCACCCAGUCCUCCACCCUGGCCCGGCACCAGCGCAUCCACACCGGGGAGAAGCCAUAUCUGUGCUCUGACUGUGGGAAGAGCUUCACUCGGUCCUCCUACCUGGCCCAUCACCAGCGCAUCCACAAAGGGAGAAGCCACAUCGUUGCUUUUAGUGUAGGAAGAGCUUCACCUACUCCUCCAGCCUGUUUUGAACACCAGUGAGUCUACACAGGGGAGAAGCUACAUGGGUGCUCUGAGUAUUGGAAAGGCUUCACCCAUCUCUCCCACCCAUCCUGGAAUCAGCACAUCCACACUCAGAAGCAUCCCUAAUUCUGCCAGCAGUGCAGGAAGGGCUUGGAGAUGUCUGCCUGCUCAGCACCCACCAGUGGCCGCAUUCAGACAAGCACCCUCAUGCUGGUGGACUGCAGAAAGAGUUCCCCCAGGCUUUGUCCCUUGUAGGGUACAGUGGGAGUCCAGAGCCCAGAGGCUGGCCCCCAAGGUACGAUUGUCAGCGGGGGGGUGUUAAGAGGAAACACCUCAGACAGAGGUCAGCCCCGAUGUGGGGUGAGGAGGAGAUGAUCUUUGCAUCAACCUUGGAGCCUGUGCAUUCCCCAUCAUUCUCUAAAAGUACUCCCAGGGGAAGAAGUGCCUUCAUGCUAGGCUGCCCUCCCCCAGACAGCUGACUUCAAGUGACACCCGGGGACUUUUCUUGGCUGCCUCCCAGCUUUCUCCUUCCUCCCAGUCCAGGGGUUCUGGUAUAUGAGCCCCUGAGUUGCAGGGAGGAGUGCAUUUAUGGCUGGGGAAGCAUUCCCUACCCUCCUCCCUGACCUCACCUUUCCUCACCACCACAUCUCCCCUCUCCCAGACCUGCCCAUGCCCAGUGGGCUCUGCAAGGAGUUGCUUCUGCCACUCCUGGAGCCUUUUUGGCCUGUUUUGCUUUUCAGCCUCUGCAGAGCUGUGCACCACAGGGUGUGUGCUGCUCCCCUGCCCUCCUCCCCUUCAUUGUAUUCUCUCUCAUGCAUUCCCUGCUACUAAAGCCCCAGAACUGAGCAUACCACCCCUGUGGUUGAUCUCUGUGUCCUCUCUGGAGCUGUGCAAUGGGAACAGACCCAGGCGCGCAAUCCUUUCCAGGGCAGAUCUCUCUGUGACUUCCCAGCCCCUUCCCUUUCUAAAUGAUUCACCACAAUCCAGAGAUUGUUGCUAACCCUUGGGAGCAAGAGGUGGUCUGAUCUACCCACCCUGCUGCUUCCUGACUGGCUGCUCCCACCCCUUUUGCCCUCUUCCCACAGCAGGACGCAGAGCUGGGUGAGCCAGCACCACAGCGUGAGCAAGUCUGGGCGAGCAACUGGCCAGUGGCUCAACAGGUGCCCCAAGCCAGCACCGUCUGACCUGUUCUUGCCCUCACCCACCACAACCACCCAUCUGCACCAUGGAGGUGACGGGAGGAGUGGGGGGUAGUCUGUGCAUGGUGCCAGCUCCAGUGGGGUGUCUCCCCACCCUUGGGAGAGCAGGUUUUCCACAACAGUGACAGCACCCCUGCCAGCAUGCCUGCAACAUGUAAUGCUGGGGCAGGUAUUAGAGUCAGGACCGGUGGUGUGUGCUGGGCCUGGGGUGGGGCAUUGGGCACAGCUGUCCAGCCAAGCAUGGGGGAAUCAGGCUGAGUUUGUCCCCUGUGGGGGUUGGUGGGUUGCACCACCUGCCCCUGCAGAGUCAGGCGCAGGGCUGGAGCUGGGGUCAUUACUGCCAUGCCCUGCAGGGCAAGGGGCACCGGAUGCAGGGGGGUGGGGGAGGGACUGCACUGACCUGACGCAGAUGCUGGUGUCUGUCCCAGACCCAGGGGCUGUGGUAGCUGGCAGGGGGUGUUACACCCUCACGCCCGCUGCAGGGAGCACUGCAGAGGUGAGUGCACAUCCAGAGCCAGGUCGAGGAGGUUAUAUUGCACUUGAUGUGUAGG